AUGACGACGUAUAACACUAGGAGCCCAGGUGAGGCAGAUUCUCCUUUUAAACAAUUAUCUUUAGCUGUAAAAAGGCUUAUGCGCGAAGCUCAAGAGCUUAGACAACCGACCGAGUUUUAUUACGCCCAACCCUUAGAAGAUAAUUUAUUUGAAUGGCAUUUUACUAUACGCGGACAAGAGGACAGCGACUUUGCCGGCGGGAUCUAUCACGGGAGAAUUUGCUUUCCUACAGAAUACCCCUUAAAACCGCCCAACAUUACGCUUCUCACGCCCAAUGGGAGAUUCGAGACCUACAGGCAGAUUUGCCUCAGCAUUUCCGGUUACCAUCCGGAAACUUGGCGUCCCUCAUGGUCUAUCAGGACCGUCCUCUUAGCGAUAAUCGGAUUCAUGCCUACGUCGGGUGCAGGCGCAAUUGGCGCGCUAGAUAUGCCUUCAGAGGAGCGAUGCAAGCUUGCUGCAAGUUCAGUAAAUUUUACCUGCGAGGUUUGCGGACCGACCAAGGAACUUUUGCUGCCUCUAACCAGCGCCUCCACUGGUUUGUCAAAAGAAGCCUCUGAAGUGGCCUCACAGCUAACAUUUAGAGAUCCUGAGGUCGCCAAAUCACAGGUUAUCGAGUCGAUUGCAGAGCCUACCACCGAACAGUCAGUCGAACAUGUUUCGCUGCCCACAAACCCGGUUUCUUCCUCGAUCGACUUUCACAAUCUCUUGCCGUCAACCACUUCUCCGCAAAACAGCUUCACAGGAGCACCCACUUCUGCCCCUUCUAACUGCCACCAGCCCCUCUAUUGGAUUUGCUAUCCAGUGUACGGGUUUUCCUCAGCCACAACCUCGCCGACCUCUCAAACCACACCCACCUCACAGACAACCAUUACAGCGCCCAACUUGGGAGGUCCUCUUAGUUUUGAUGAAUGGUUGAAGCGCGUGAGUACUGACAUUUAA